AUAAAUAGAAAAUUGAUGUAAACAAUAACACAUUGCGAGCCAAAACGUCAGACACCAGCAGGGAUAAAUCAGCUGUUUUAUUGAGCAACUAUUCUUUAAAGCCAUAAUAAAAUCAGUGUUCUAAACAAAAACAAGGAUGACAAAACCUACGACUGUUUUGAAGUGUGUUGGUCCAAAGUUGGUACCAUUCUUCAAGACAUGCACAAUAUUCUUUGUGCUUUUUGCGGACACACCAGCCAGUGAAACAAGUGCUCCGUGGUUCUUCUGUAUCAUCAAAUGUCUGCCAAUAAUUUCACUUAUUCUGUUUGUUCUUUUGAACGGAAUGAACAUCACAGAAUACUACCGAUAUUCUCGUAGGGUGUUGAUAGGUCUCAUAUUCUCCUGCAUCGGCGAUGCUUGUUUGGUAUGGAAAAAGAAAUAUUUUGAACUGGGAAUUGGCUGCUUUGCAGUUGCUCAGGUAUGUUACUCCAGGGCUUUUGGUUGGAAACCUCUAAAUCUGUAUGCAGGAGCUGUGUUUGGAGUCCUUGGGGCAUUGGUGUAUUAUUUCCUUAGUGCUGGUCUGAAUGGCAUUAUGGUCUACCUCGUAGCUGCGUACGUCGGUGUAAUCUGUACAAUGGCAUGGCGGGGAACAGCUCGUAUUCCAACAUUCAACUUCUUUGAUGACAGAGUCACCUGGACGCAAAUGUCAGGAUGUUUUGGAGCAAUAGUUUUUGUCAUCUCUGAUUUGACCCUUGCAGUUGACAAGUUUCUAUUUCCACUGCCAUAUGCACACCCAAUUAUUAUGGUAACUUAUUACGCUGCACAGUUUGGUAUCGCUCUUUCUGUUGUUGACAGCCAAAAUGAUGCUGUGGUUGCCAAAUCAAUACGAGAUCAGAGAAGGCGUGAAGGGGAGACUGAACAAACAAAUGGGCAUGUCAGCAACUGUGAAACUAAUGGAUGUAGCCAGUCUUUCAUUGAUAAGGACAAUAGUUUAAUACAGAGGAAUUUGACAACAGAUGUCUGUGCUUGAACUGAUGUUCAGCAGUAUAGGCAGAGCAAACUGUACAUUACUGUUUCCCAGUGAAAUAGACACCAAAUACUUGGCUGUCUAUGCAGGAACUAUGUAUUCUUCAAUUCUCACACUCAGUAUUCAGUUAUGUGCUUAGUAGUACAUUUUUUUUCGUAUGUGUUUCAGAACAAACAAAAAUAGAAGUGAUUAUUUUCUAAUGUCAUUUGAUCCUUGCCAUGAAAAAACCAACAUAGUGCAUUUGCGACCAGCAUGGAUCCAGACCAGCCUGCGCAUCCGCGCUGUCUGGUCAGGAUCCAUGCUGUUUGCUUUCAAAGCCUAUUGCAAUUAGAGAAACACGGAUGCACAGGCUGGUCUAAAUCCAUGCUGGUCGCAAAUGCACUAUGUUGGUUUUCUCAUGGUGCGGCUCAUUUCAUUUUCAAGGUCAGAUGAACAGAAUGUGUAGCUGUUAUUUUUGAUUUGAUAUGGCUAAGUUUUUGUUACAUACUGCAGGACUUAAUAAGGCACAACAUCACAGUCAUAAGAAAUAAUGCAUAAAUUAAUAUAAAGGUUUCUUAAUUACUGAAUUUAGUCUGAGCAUUUUGAAAGUACAUGUAAUUUAGUCAUAACGGACUUGUUUUGCCAAUUGUCUUUCAUAAUAAAGUUUCAUGAUCGUGGUGAAGGUGUACAAAUGCAUGACUUUAACUUUUUGAAAUUCUGAAAUGUCCAUCAAUAACAUCUUGCUCCAAACAUGGAAGUACUGGUAUUUUCAGUAAAUAUCAAGGUAUUGGCAGAAUAACAAAAUGUCUUUUUGUUGAGUGUAUCAUUGUACACUGUUAUACUGAAGGAAUUUUGAGUGCGAUUAUUUUUAAAUAUCGUUAUAGUUACAGUCAGGGCUUUCGUAGUUAAUUUUUUCAUCGCGAUGCUAAUUAUUAGGGUCAUGGACCA